AUGGUCAUGGUCGAAGUUACCAACAACAUUAAGAGAACACAGCAUGAGGUCCUGCAGUGCCUUUUUUUAACCACAUCCUUAAUAAGAGAUUCCAGGUUUUUCAAAGUAAGAGUGGUCAAUAAUGGAUAUCGGAAUAUUGUUUUUGCUAUCAAUCCUCAUAUCGAGUAUAAUCCCAGGCUUAUUGAAGCCAUUCAGGAAAUGAUGACUGAAGCCUCGUCCUACCUCCACCAAGCUACGAAAAGUCAACUUUACUUCGCAGAUGUAAAAAUCCUGCUGCCUGCUGCCUGGCCAUGGAAUCUAAGCCAGGUUCAGAGACCAACUACUGAGUCCUACGAGAAGGCAAAUGUGAUCGUUGCUGAACCAUACCUGAAACAUGGAGACACCCCGUACACCCUGCAGUAUGGUGGAUGUGGCGAGAAGGGCCGGUACAUUCACUUCACCCCAAACUUCAUACUGAAUGACAAGAUGACCUCAGUUUACUGUCCAAAAGAUAGGGUAUUUGUCCAUGAGUGGGCCCAUCUUCGCUGGGGUGUGUUCAAUGAACAUAAUGAUUUGGUUCCAUUUUACAUGUCAGAAAGUGGAACAGUGGAAGCAACAAGAUGUUCACUCAGCAUAAGAGGAAAGAAUGCUGAGUGCAAGGGCAGUUCCUGUUCACCAUGUACCAUUGAUGAAAGCACAGGAUUACCCAACAAGGAAUGUAAAUUUUUCCCAGAGAAAAAUCAGUUGUCAUCAUCUUCAAUAAUGUACUUACAGGGUUUACCAAAUGUGAAUAAGUUCUGUGAUUCCGAGACUCACAAUCCUGAAGCGCCCAACAUGCAGAACAGAAUGUGCGAUUACAGGAGCACUUGGGAUGUGAUCAGCGAGUCGGAAGAUUUCAGAACCAUUUCCUCAUCCCACACUGGUUCAGUCAUCCCAACAUUCACACUUCUGCAGGCUAAGAACCGUGUUGUUUGCUUAGUCCUUGACGUCUCAGGAAGCAUGGGAUCGGGGAAUCGCAUUGUCAGACUCCGACAAGCAGCCGAGAUCUUCAUACUGCAGAUUGUUGAAACAGGAUCACAUGUCGGAAUUGUCACUUUUAGCAGCAGUGCAAGCAUUAAAACACGGUUAAAAGAGAUUGCUGAUGAUAAAGUGAGAGAAGAACUUGUACAGCUGUUACCAACAUCAGCUGUUGGGAGAACGAGCAUCUGUGCAGGGGUUCGGUCUGGCUUUGAGGUACUUCGUGGUGAUGACGGUGCUACAAAGGGCGAUGAAAUCAUUUUACUGACAGAUGGGGAGGACCCUGGAAUAAGCAGUUGCUUCACAGAAGUGGAAAGAAGUUCUGCUGUAAUCCACACCAUCGCGUUAGGACCAUCUGCAACUGAAAAGUUAGAAGAGCUCUCAACCAUGACAGGGGGCUUACAGUUUGCAGCAACUGAUAACCUGGACACAAAUGGAUUAAUUGAUUCUUUCACGGGAUUAAUAUCAGGAGAUGGUGACAGCAGCCAACAGUCCAUUCAGCUUGAAAGUUCAGGAACAAGCAUUGAGACCAACGGUUGGUUGAAUGGCACAGUUGUUAUCGAUAAGACUAUUGGGAAUGACACCUUUUUUGUGGUGAAUUGGGAGACACAGAAUCCAAUUAUGUUUGUACGUGACCCCAGUGGAAAGAUUUACAAUAACGCUGAUUUUAAGAUAGAUCAAAAUGCACGAUCAGCCCGUCUUAAGAUUAAAGGCACUGCAAAGCCUGGAUCUUGGAUCUACACCAUUCAGAACCCAGGAGGCAAACAGGUUAUAACAAUCAUCGUAACAUCCCGAGCAGCAGAUGCACAGGUUCCACCAAUCAAAGUUAACGGGUACAUCAGCAGAAAGGAUUCCACCAGCCCAAUGAUUUCCUACGUGGAAGUCAGUCAUGGAUUUCUACCUGUCCUAAACGCAAAUGUGACAGCCAUUAUUGAACGUCCCAAUAACGUACCAGUUACACUGAAGCUUUCUGAUGAUGGCUUAGGUGCUGAUAUUGUCAGGAAUGAUGGGAUUUACUCCAAGUAUUUCCUCAGCUUCAGUGGAACUGGAAGAUACAGUGUUAAAGUGCGUGUACAGGGACACGAGGGUACUGCAAAGAUAACAGUCAGAACAGGAGGACAAGCCAAGUGCCUCCCGGGAUACAUGGAAAAUGGAAAUAUUGAAAUAAAUCCAUCUGGACCCAACGUUAAUGAGGAAGGUAUAUAUGAUGAAUUAGGAGAUUUCAACAGAGUUCAAGCAGGAGGAGCAAUUUCACUUCCCUUGGGGACACCCGUUAUUGACUUUCCACCAAGUCAGAUCACGGACCUUCAAGCAAUGUUGCUUAAAGAUAAAAUUAAGCUGGAAUGGACAGCACCAGGAGGAGACUAUGACUAUGGAUCAGGUAACUGUGGCUAG